AUGGCUUCAUCCCCCACACCAACUAGUCCUUUCUAUUCCUGGCGGGAAUGGGAGGCUGGUGCAUGCAUCGUUGAGAGAGCAGCAGCAGAAAAUUACUCCUUGAACGGGCAGCGGCAAGGUGACGUGACUUGCCGGGAAGUGGAUAUGGUCCCAGGGUUGUCAACUAGCUUGCAGGCAAAAAACCUCCGAACCAAGGAAGUUGUGGAAGACGAUAGAUGUAUCCGCUUGGCGGUCGCCUCAUUGAUUGGUACCAGCACCCUCUACGCCGGGAACUUGCAUAGGCAGGUCUGGUGA